AUGCCUUCUGCGCACCAUACCGCAGCGGACGUCCCAAUUGCGGUCGUGGGCUUGUCAUGUCGUUUUCCCGGCGACGCGAGCUCCCCUUCCAAAUUCUGGGACAUGCUGAAGAAUGGCAAAGAUGCCUACUCACCUACAUCAACCCGAUGGAACUCGGACGCUUUCUACCACCCCGGAAACGGCCAAUUGAACUCACUACCCACAAAAGGGGGACACUUUCUGAAAGAAGAUCCGUAUGUGUUUGAUGCCGCCUUCUUCAACAUCACCGCGGCGGAAGCCAUCGCUCUCGAUCCCAAACAGCGGAUCGCCAUGGAAGUGACGUACGAAGCGUUUGAAAACGCGGGCAUGUCUCUUCCACGGGUUUCUGGCACCCAGACGGCCUGUUACAUUGGCUCAGGUCCCAGCGACUAUCGAGGUGCAGUUGAGCGGGACUUCUUGCACAACCCUAAUGCCACGGUUCAGACCGCCUGUUCGUCCAGUCUGAUGGCGACGCAUCUGGCCUGCCAGAGCUUGAAGUCAGGGGAGUCCGAAAUGGCCAUUACGGGUGGCGUGAGUCUGAUGCUCACGCCAGACUUCACUACACAUCUUAAUAAUUUGACUUUCCUCAACCCUGAGGGCCUGUCGAAAGCUUUUGAUGAGAGCGCAGGUGGAUAUGGUCGCGGUGAAGGUUGCGGAAUCAUCAUCUUGAAACGGUUGGCCGAUGCAAUCCAAGAUGGAGAUGACAUCCGUGCCGUCAUCCGUGGCACUGGUGCUAACUCAGAUGGCUUUACACAAGGUGUGACAAUGCCGUCUUUUGAAGCUCAGGCUGCACUCAUCAAACAAGUCUACUCGUCCAACGGAUUGGACUAUUCGACACAAUACGUCGAGGCACACAUCGGCCAUCUCGAAUCAGCGGCUGGUGUAUCGGGAAUUAUCAAAGGCAUCCUAUCGAUGGAGCACAAUCUGAUCCCCCCAAAUAUUCACUUCACUAAAGCCAAUCCUGCGAUUCCAUUUGACGAAUGGAACAUGGCGGUACCCACCAAACUGACGCCCUGGCCCGUUGCCCCAACCAAGCGUAUGAGUGUCAGUGGCUUCGGAAUGGGUGGCACAAACGGCCAUGUCGUCCUGGAAUCGUUCGACCCGGCCAAUUUCAGCACUGGGCCCGGAACGAGCAAUGGCUUUUCCACAUUUGGGAAGACCCGUACCAAGAAACGACUCUUCGUCUUCAGCAGUCACGACCAGGCCGGCUUCAAGCGAAAUGCGGAUGCCCUGGUCGAGCAUCUAGAUAUCGUUGCUCCCGGAGCGUCGAGCUCAGAUUUCAUGGCCAAUUUGGCCCACACACUCUCCGGGGCCAGAUCCAGUCUCUCGUGGCGGGCAACAUGUAUUGCGGAGAACAAGACCGAGCUCCGUGACUAUCUAACCACUAAACCAGGAGACGGCGCCUCUCGGGACGCCAACAGUGCCACUCGUGUCCCACGAAUUGGCUUCGUGUUUACCGGACAGGGUGCACAGUGGGCACGGAUGGGCGUGGAGAUGCUCGACCGCCCAGUAUUUAGAGAAUCGGUUGCGCAAUCGACACGCUUCCUCCAAUCGAUGGGUUGUGUCUGGGAUCCGGUCGUAGAACUGAAGAAGCCCCAAGGUGACUCCCGCCUGAGCCAGCCAGAGAUCAGUCAGCCCAUCUGCUCCGUGCUCCAGAUCGCGCUUGUCGAUGAGCUGCGGUCCGGCGAGAUCGCAGCCGCAUACAGCAUCGGAGCGCUGAGGCACCGCGACGCCAUUGCAGCCGCUUACUUCAGGGGUGUGGCUACUAUUAGCCUUCGGGAUGCGUCAGAUAUCAAUGGCGGCAUGAUGGCGGUUGGCUGCUCGCGAGACGAAGCAGAGGGAUUGAUCGAACAGUCGAAGCUCGAGGGCACCGCUGCCGUCGCCUGUGUGAAUUCACCGUCUAGUGUGACGCUGUCGGGUGACGUUGACACGCUUGAGCAACUCCGCGCCAUCUGUGAUGAGCGUAAGGUGUUUGCCCGGCGACUGAAAGUCGAGAUGGCGUACCACAGUGUGCAUAUGAAUCGUGUCUUUCGCACUUACGCUGAGUUCAUUGAGGAUCUUCAGCCUAUACCUCGAGAGUACAACGAGAACGAGGACGAUGAACUCAUUCAAACCAUGGUAUCUAGUGUGACCGGCCAAGAGGUCGCCCCUGAGCUUCUAGGGCCAUACUAUUGGGUCCGCAACUUGGUGUCGCCGGUCCUCUUCUCUGAUGCGGUAAAGGAGAUGGUUGCCCCGGGCGAAGCUGAAGAAAGUGAUGACACUGUCGACCUACUAAUCGAGGUUGGCCCACACGGCGCCCUGGGCGGACCUGUGGAGCAAAUUCUGGGUCACCACGGUGUCAAACACAUCACCUACAAGUCGAUGCUCACACGCGGACGCAAUGCUCUUGAAACGAGUCUCGAGCUCGCGUCCGAGCUCUUCCUCAAAGGCGUUCCAAUUGACAUCUCCCAAGUCAACAGCGAUAUGAACACCCGUCGACUGACGGACCUUCCCCCGUACCAAUGGAACCAUUCCAAGGUCUUCCGCCACGAGACUCGUAUUCAACGGGAGCUCGUGAUGCGCCAAUUCCCCUUCAAGAGCAUCAUCGGUGCCCAAGUUCCGAUGAUGGAUGAGAGCCAAUAUGUCUGGCGCAACUUCCUCCGGCUGUCCGACGAGCCCUGGAUUCGCGGCCACAAGGUCGGCAGUACUGUGCUAUUCCCCGCCGCUGGCCUCAUUGGCAUGGCCCUUGAGGGCGCACAGCAGUUAGCGGAGCCAAGCAAGACAGCGCGCUCCCUUCGCCUUCGCGAGAUCUCGUUCUCUGCUGCUAUGGCACUUUCUGAAAAUGUGCCGACUGAGGUUAUCAUGCACAUGCGGCCGCACCUUCUUGCAACCUCAGGUUCCACACCAGCUUCCUGGUGGGAGUUUACCAUAUCCUCAUGUGCUGGCAUCGACAAUUUGCGUGAUAAUUGCCGAGGAUUGAUUGCUAUUGACUACACAGAAACGACCAGUGAGCAGAUGGCGAGCGAAGAUGCCAGCUUGGAGGCGUCGAGAAUUGCCGACUACCACCGCGUCCACGAGGGGUCGUCGCACACUUACUCCAAAGAGGACUUCUACAGCCAAUUCGAAAAGAUCGCCUGGAACUACGGCGAGGCCUUCCGGGGAGUCGAGAAUGUCCAUCUUGGCGACGGCCAGGCAACCUACGACGUGAAGAUUGUCGACAUCGGCGAGACCGUUAGCAAAGGACAACUCAGUCGCCCAUUUUUAAUCCACGCGGGUGCUCUCGACUCGAUCCUCCAGGGCUGUCUGGGAAGCACGUUCAGGAACGGGAGGUUCGACAUGGACAAGCCUGUCUUGCCGACGUUUAUUGGCCAGAUAGAUAUAUCGCUGGAUAUACCGGGAGAUGUUGGGUAUGUCCUGCCAGCGGUGUGCGAGUCGAAGAGACAUGGCUUCAAAGAGUUGUCGUCGAAUAUCUACACCUUUGAUAGUGCAGUGUCCAAGGUCAACCUAUCCAUUCUUGACUACCGAGUCUCGGAGCUGGAGAAUGACGCAGGUGAGCAAGAUAGCCAGCAGCUUGAGGUCGAUCCGGCUGAGAUCACCUCGGAAGUGCGCUGGAACUAUGCUCUCGAGGUUCUGGAGCCGGAAGAAAUCAAGAAGGUGUUGUCGGCUGUUGCGGCAGGAGAUCGGAUUGUCGAGCUGAUCCGUCUGUACCUCCACGACAACCCGGCAGCCACCGUUAUUGAGCUCGCACCUGAUCACGAAGCUCUUAUCCAUGCGACAAUGUCAUUGCUGCCCCCCGGAACCAUUCUCCCUAGCCAUAUAAAGUAUGCUAUAGCAGGCACUGGUAACGAGUCUGAGGACCAAGGUGCCACCACAAACGUGAUUGGGACGCCCUUCGACCUGGGCGAUCUGGAUGACCCUUUGCCCGCCGACAUUGCGGCGGCUGAUUUGCUGGUCGUUCCGCAAUCCGUCAGCAAUCGUAAGGAUCUGGGCGCGUUACUGACUCGUUUGACAAGCCUUGGCAAGUCCGACGCAAGCCUGGUUCUCGCUGUGGACAACAGUUUGGAGGUAUCUGCCUCUGUUUUGGAGGCUAAGGAAUUCCGACGUGUCUUUGAUGUUGAGAACUCGGUGGCGCUGUACAAGAAACGCCGAUCCGAGCAUGCCAACGGCCAAACCAAUAGCCCUACUAAUGGCCACACUAACGGCACAUCUACCAAGUCCGACUUGGUCUUAAUCGAGCCACCAGCUACAAGUAGCCGCAUCAACGCUUUCAGCGGUGCUCUACAAACUACUCUCCGUGACCAUGGUUACGUGGUGGCCGUGACCAACUGGGCCGAGAUUAGUGCCCGUGCAGCUCCCGACCUCGAGGGCAACACGUUCAUCUCGCUGUUGGAGCUCGAGCAGCCCCUUCUGGACGCUCUCUCGGAGCCGGAUUUCCACAAUGUCCGCAAGCUACUGCUGAACAGUGAGCGCCUGCUCUGGAUCACAGCCGGCGACAAUCCGUCCAUGGGUGUGGUCGAUGGCAUUCGGAGGACGAUGAGGAGUGAGGUGGCGGGUCUCAAGUUCCAAGUCUUACAUCUGAGUAGCCUGGAUACGGCGUUACUUUGUGGCCCAGCCCUUGCAGGUCGCAUUAUAACGACGGAUACCAAAGAUGAUGAGUUCCAGGAGCGGGAUGGUAUGCUCCAAGUCGCUCGGAUCUUCAACAGUCCCGAGGGAAAUGAGGGCGUGCGCCGUUGUCUAGAGGACUCCGUUCGUGUCGAGCGGUUGGCGGAGCAAAAGAGACCCCUAAGGCUCACUAUUAUGAAGCCAGGACUCAUGGACACUUUGACGUUCAUCGAGGAUGACCGCAUGAAAGAUACGCUUGGAGACACAGAGAUCGAGGUCGAUGUCAAAGCAACAGGUGUCAACUUCAAAGAUAUCAUGGCGGCCAUGGGCCUAGUCGAAGUCUCCCUCAUCGGUCAAGAAGCCAGCGGUAUCGUCACGGCCACUGGUAGUGCAGCAGCCUCGCGCUUCAAACCCGGCGACCGGGUGACGCUUCUCUGGGAGGGCAUGCAUGCCACUAAGCUCCGCAUCGAUCACCGUCUUGCCGUGCACAUCCCCGACUCCAUGUCUUUCGAAGAAGGUGCCGCCCUACCCAUGGUCCACACCACCGCCUACCACGCGCUCGUCAACGUCGCCAAACUGCGCCCUGGCCAAUCGGUCCUCGUCCACGCUGCUGCCGGUGGUGUCGGUCAAGCUGCACUGCAAUUAGCUGCUCACUUAGGCCUAGUGGUCUAUGCGACCGUUGGUAGCGAGGAUAAGCGCCGUCUCCUGGUGGAGAAGUAUAACGUGCCAGAAGCGCAUAUCUUCCACUCCCGUGACACUAGCUUCGCCAAAGCUAUCAAGCGCAUCACGGGGGGGCCGCGGCGUCGACUGUGUGCUCAACUCGUUGUCGGGCGAAUUGCUCCGUGUCUCAUGGACGUGUCUCGCGCCCUUUGGCACGUUCGUCGAGAUCGCCGUAGCACAACCUUCGCAUUCAUCAACAUAGCCAAUUUCUUCGACGCGGAGGGUCUUGAUGCGCUGGGGCAGAUCCUAUCGGACGCCUUUGCCCUUGUACAUAAGGGUGUUCUGGGCGCAGCGUACCCGCUGACAGUGUACCCUGUGGCGGAGCUUGAGACUGCUUUCCGUACCAUGCAGCAGGGCAAGCAUCGUGGGAAACUCGUCCUCUCAUUUGGAGAUGAUGCUCGGGCACCCGUACUCUGCAAAGCUAAAGACAGUCUGAGUCUCAAUCCCAACAGCACCUAUCUCUUUGUCGGCGGUCUCGGCGGCCUUGGACGCAGUCUAGCGCGUGAAUUUGUUGCCUGUGGAGCACGACACAUCGCAUUCAUAUCUCGCUCAGGUGAUUCCAGUGCAGAUGCCAAAACCACAGUCCAGGACCUCACCACCUUCGGCGCCGUUGUCAAAGCCUACCGUGCAGAUGUAGCAGAUGAACCUGCCUUCCUCUCCGCCAUGCAACAAUGCGCCACCGACCUCCCGCCCAUCGCGGGUGUGGUGCAAAUGGCCAUGAUGCUGCGCGACACUCUUUUCGAGAAAAUCUCUUACGCGGAUUGGACGCAACCCAUGCGACCUAAGAUCCAAGGCACACUCAAUCUGCAUAACUACUUCUCCCCCACGCACCCUCUGGAUUUCUUCGUCAUCUGCUCCUCCAUCUCCGGUAUCUUUGGCUAUCCAGGCCAGACGCAAUAUGCCGCUGCAAACACGUUCCAGGACGCCCUCGCCCGCCACCGCCGUAGUCAGGGCCUCAAGGGCGUGGCGGUUGACCUCGGUAUCAUGCGCGAUGUUGGCAUUCUAGCCGAGCAAGGCACAACCGGCAAACUCGCUGACUGGGAAGCCAUUCUGGGAAUCCGCGAAAAGCCCUUCCACGCGCUGAUGAAGAGCCUGAUCAACAGCGAGUGGAAAGGAGACUCGUAUCCUGCGCAGGUAUGCACCGGCCUCGGGACGGCAGAUGUCAUGGCGCGGUUCGGAUUGGAGCGGCCGGAGCAUUUCGGUGACCCGCGAUUUGGCCCACUGAAUGUGCUGAGUAUUACAUCUUCGUCCUCGUUCCAAGACGCCUCAUCCGCUGCAUCAUCAUCACCCUCCACACGUCUCGCUGCCGCGUCCACCUACGAUGAAGCCGUGUCCAUCAUUACGGAUGCACUCGUACAAAAGACGGCGGAGAUCCUGCAGAUGCCCUUGUCCGAGGUGGAUCCCGAUAGGCCGAUGUACCGCUAUGGAGUGGAUUCGCUGGUGGCACUGGAGGUCCGCAAUUGGAUCACUAGAGAGCUGCAGGCGAAUAUGGCACUGUUGGAGAUUCUGGCAGCGGAGCCAAUGAAAAUGUUUGCGGGGAAGAUUGCGGAGAAGAGUAAGUUAGUUACAGGUAGAAAGUAG